AUUCAAUUUACGCGUGUAAAUGAGUGUGACGACUGACUCUUUCCCUAUAAAUACGCCCCUCUCAACUCCAUAUUUCCUCAGCCUUGCAAGGGACAAAUCUACUCACACUACUCUCACAGAAUCUUCAUCUCCUCGCAAAAUAUCUCACUCCUUUCGUCGGCAUCACAUUCAUCAAUCAACAAAAUGAAGAUUAAGAUUGUGGUGAGGGUGUCGAUGAACGACGAGAAAUCCCGAUCCAAAGCCCUAAAAAUUUCGGUGGGGAUAUCGGGCGUGGAAUCGGCGGCGCUGGCGGGGGCGUCGAAGGAUCAGGUGGUGGUGGCGGGAGAGAGCAUCGACGCCGUGGAGCUCACGCGGCAGCUGAGGAAGGGCGUGGGCUACGCGGAGCUUGUGAGCGUGGGCGAGGACAAGAAGGAAGAGAAGCCCGCCGCCAAGAUGGAGGCGCCGCCGCCGGCGCUGUCGGUGCCCCUCUGGUCCUACCCCUACCACCCCGGGUACGACAGCUACCCGAUUUACGAAACGAGGCCCAGUGACACCUGCACAAUUAUGUGAAUUGAGGGGUGGAUGAUGAUGAUGAUGAAUUUCUGGGGAAUUUGAGUUCCAUUUUUUUUAAGAGGAAGAAGAAGAAGUGGGAGCUCAUAAUUUUGGGUUUGUAAAUUAGGUGUUUAAUUAGCCUCUAAAAUAUAAUAUUUGUGUUUGUAAGUAGGUGUUGAAAUCUCUAAAUAUAAUAUAUGAUGAAUCAAUAAUCAUGAACGAAUGAAUCUAGAAACAAUAAUCAUGUUUCUAAUCAUAUAUGAAUGUUGUAUAUGUAGAUGAUCAAUGCCCAAGUUUGAGUUCGAUCGUUGUGAAUAAAUAUAUCAACAGUGAAUUGUACUUGUUGAGCAAAA